AUGGAGAGGCUAAGAGCAGCAGCGAUGAGGGAAGAAAAAAUACCAAGAAGGUGGUGGAGAAGGUUCGAAAGUGAAUCGCCAUUCGCUCAGUACUCGUCUUUCUUCAUCAGCUUGACUGCUGGCACUUUGGCUCCCCAGGCCUUUUCCUAUUUCAUCUCACAAGACCUCCAUAUUUGGGAAACCUUCAAGGAUGCCUAUGCAUCCGCGGCGGAGAACUGCUUAUACAAUGCCGGCGAGAAGAUGAUCAUAUGCCACUUGAGGGAGUCUCUACUAAAGAAAAUUAAUGAGCGUCAAAAAAUUGUCCAAGAAAUUGUCCAAGAAUUGGGUUCUAACUUGCCAAAACAGCACACUUCUUGUGUGACAAUAAUCAAGUAUACAGACUUUUUGCUUGAUACAAUAUCCGGGAAAGCUGAAUUGAUACAAGUUACGUGGAAGAGAAUGAUUGCUGCUCAUACACUUUGUGCCAUUAUCCCUUGUAUGAGGCUGUAUUACCACUUGCUUCGGAAGAUAAAGGACAUUCUAGAUCCUUCUGAUACCAUUCACCCCUACAAGAAAUUGAUUGACCAUUAUUCUUCUCAAGAUUUUGAGGUAUUAGUUACGCAAACUGAAGACGUGCUAGAGAAAUUGAGUAAUCGUUUUACCCGAGAUGAGAUUGAAGUAAUGGAGAGGCUAUAUUUCCGAGCUGUGAAGCUUCAUGUAGAGUUCUUCGCUAAACUCCCGACGUAUAAGCAAACCUUAGUGUCUUUGUCUCGGCUGCAGGGCCUCAGAAACAGUAAACUCACAAUAUUUUGUGAGUAUGACAGGACAUGCACCAUUGAUGGGUCCACCUCCGCCAUCACCCUGGCGAAUCUGUCAAUAACAAUAGGCAGGGUUCGCGGGAGGUCAUCAGCAGUGUUGAAGGGAGCAUGGGAUUGUUUAGCCAACAACUUCAAUGAGGAAUUUGAACAAUGCUUAAAAAAAAUCAAGUCCAUUACUGAACCAGGACAGCAAAAAUUCGACUGUGGACGUCUUUGGAGUGUUUUUCCGCAAGUUGCCGAGUACGAGAAGCACGUAAUUGAAGAGGUGGUGGAGUGGCGAUUGUUGCGGGGUUUAAGUGGAGAGGAAAUAGAGAGUGCUGCCUCCACUGUCAUACUUCGGGAUGGUUGCAGAAGAUCAGUUUUCGGAGGUACGCUUUUGGAAACAUCUAGACAUGUAUGUUCAAAUGAAUUACCUUUUGAGUACGAUUGGACGUCGGGAGAUGUUGUUAGAAUGGUGGAGACUUCAUUUGACAAGGUAAGCUGCUUCUUUGAAGUCCUAAAGCGCCACAAAACCGAAACUGAGCACUUGACAGUUUGCAUUGGAGGAGAUGUAUGCGACUUACUUUGCUUGCUUGCAGCAGAUAUAGGCAUUGUGAUUUGUCCAACUCAAUACCUAGAGAUACUGGCAAAUCAUUUCGGGAUCAAAUUUGUCCCACUUUUCACUGAAUUGGUAAAGAGGCAGAAGGAGCUUAAUAAGGGCAACUACCAAAAGUGGAAACCAUACUCUGGCAAUUUCUACACAGUCUCUUGUUGGGCUGAAAUUGAAGCAUUCAUUCUGGGGUUGUAG